AUGUCGUCUUCAAAAGUCCGAAUCGCCGUCGUCGGUGCUGGCGCAAUCGGACCCCGCCACGCAAGAACCGUUGCAAAUAGCAGCGUCGCUAUCCUCUCCGCCAUCGUCGACCCAGCACCAUCUGGCGCGCAACUCGCUGCUGAACUAAACGUUCCACAUUACUUGUCUAUCCCCGAUCUCCUUCAGUCACCCGACAAGCCUGAUGCUGCAAUCAUCUCUACCCCAAAUUUCACCCAUGUCGCUUUAUCUAAAGAGCUGUCGUCUAGUGGCAUACACAUCCUUAUCGAAAAGCCGUUCAGUACCGAUGUAUCUAGCGGCAAAGAGCUCUUGCGACAUCUGGAAGGGACCGGAGUGAAAGCUCUUGUGGGACAUCAUCGCCGAUUCAAUCCGUAUAUGGUGGCUACGAAGAAGAUUCUCUCUUCGGGUUCGCUGGGUCAUAUAAUUGCUGUGAAUGGUCUGUGGACUUUAUAUAAACCCCCGGAGUACUUUGAUGCUCCUGCUGAAUGGCGGAGGGAUAACACAGGCGGUCCGGUCCUUAUCAACAUGAUCCACGAGGUAGAUCUGUUACACUACCUCUUUGGUCCAAUUACUCGAGUCCACGCCGAAAGGACAAUCUCACAAAGAGGCUUUGAAGCAGAGGAAGGGGCAGCUCUCACACUGCGCUUCAAGUCAGGCAUUGUCGGAAGUUUCAUAAUUUCUGACCAUACUCCAUCACCGUACAACUUUGAGUCUGGCACAGGAGAGAAUCCCGAUAUUCCAAAGACUGGACAAGAUUUUUAUCGCAUCUUUGGGACUGAUGGGUCUCUGAGUGUUCCUGAUAUGACGCAGUGGUCUUACGAGGGUAGAGAUAAAAAGUCAUGGCACUCAGAACUUGCACAGGAGCAGGCCGAUGUUCCUCCACGAGUACCAUUCGAUGACCAGCUGGAGCAUUUUGUGAAGGUACUUAAAGGGGAAGAGAAGCCUAGCUGCACUGCAAAAGCAGGACUUGCUGCUCUCAUGGUUUGCGAGGCUAUCAAGGAUGCUCUGGCUGCAAACAAAACGGUUGACAUUGAAGAGUAUGACAUAUCGGGGUAG